CCCGGCCCCUGCGCAGUCGAUAAGGAAACCGGACGCGGCCGCGCAUUUCCUUUUUCCCGGAGGCCGCGAAGAUGGCGGACAUCCAGACCGAGCGAUCCUACCAGAAGCAGCCGACCAUCUUCCAAAAUAAAAAGAGGGUCCUGCUUGGAGAAACCGGCAAGGAGAAACUCCCAAGAUACUACAAGAACAUCGGUCUGGGCUUCAAGACGCCAAAGGAGGCCAUUGAGGGCACUUACAUUGACAAGAAAUGCCCCUUCACGGGUAACGUCUCCAUCCGAGGGCGGAUCCUGUCUGGUGUGGUGACGAAGAUGAAGAUGCAGAGAACCAUUGUCAUCCGCCGUGACUACCUGCACUACAUCCGCAAGUACAACCGCUUUGAGAAGCGCCACAAGAACAUGUCCGUGCAUCUGUCCCCCUGCUUCAGGGAUGUGCAGAUCGGUGACAUCGUCACAGUGGGUGAGUGUCGGCCCUUGAGCAAGACCGUCCGCUUCAACGUGCUCAAGGUCACCAAGGCUGCUGGCACCAAGAAGCAGUUCCAGAAGUUUUGAGGCAUGGCCCCCAAAAUAAAGAGCUUUUCUAUCCA